GGCAAUACCACGCACCCGGGAUUUCGGAAGCAUAGAAUAGUUGGAGCUAUCGGAUCUGCGAAUCGGCUAUUAGCAUCGUUUAAACUCACUCGAAUACUACAGUGGUGCAGUAGCGCAACGCCCUCAAGCCGCACCUAACCUCCACAUUCAACACCAAGUUCUUAGGCCUGGUCUGCGCAUCCCUGCGUUCAGCCUUGGACAUAUCUGCAUACGAAGCAGCUCUCUUUAGGAUGCUACCCGGCGCCCAGCUGCUGACGAUCCCGACCGCAUCGUCUAACUAUAAGCUUGACGACAUAUCGUCUACAAGCAAGCUAGUCCUAUCCUCCAAUCGACUCAUUCUUCACCUCCAAGGCGGCUCGACGCACAACGAAGACGAGGAAUACAUGGCACAACAUAAUCACCGUUCCAGCCGCUUGCAGACUGAGAAUGAGCUGUGGCUAAAUAUGCCUGCCUCUUCUGCACAACAACAAGAGCAUGUUCAUCGAUUAGAGCCAUCCGCCUACAAAGCAACGUCGCAGCGAAUUAGCGUAUCCUCUACGAGCGGCUCGAACCUUAACAAACCACUACCACCAUCGCCAUCCGGUUCCGAAAAGCGAUCCCGCAAACCAACCUCGUUGCGAGGGUUUCUCCGACGCGAACCUUCAGAGCAACCAGAGUCAACGCAUCUCCGACCUGAACCAUAUCACCCAAAAAGGCAUUCCGCCAGCCUAAAUGUAGAUACGAAUAGCCAGCACCGCCAUACUUACUCCAGAAGCAUGCCAAAUUCUCCCUACGGGUUCACUCAGUCUUCUUACCAGGAUCCAGCGACCUUUCCUCGAGCACAUUCCUCUGCCUCAAACCACUCAGACGCAGUGCAGUAUCAACCGUACUCGCUGCCACCACAACAGCAGUCCUCCCGACCUCAACAGCAACGUGCUGUUUCCAUGAACCCUUACUUCGAGACAGCAUCAACUCCACGAUCGCGUACCUUCCCUGAAUCUACGCUCGGCGUUACAGCCCGCGACAACGGCUCUGGUCGGCCACGGCCGCACACAACAUGGGGUUCCCCCACCGAGGCAUUUACAGACGUGUCUCAAUUUCAUCUUUUCGCAGAGGCGAUGACAGGUCUGCCAAACGACACAGAAGCCUUCUCGCCAACCGGCCCGCCGCAGCUCCGCGGUUCACUUUUCGCUCGAAGGAAUACCAACGACACUAUCCCAAUUCCUCUUCAACAUCCCCAGUCUUCAUCGAGGUCACAGCCGACACGGCGGCCUGCAAGGGAACAAAGAUAUGACUGGCAGAAUUUCGAGCCACCGCCGCUUAUCUCGUCACGAGCAGCACCUGCACUGAACCAUUCAAUGUCGGUGCCCAAUCCCCCUUUCGAUGCUUACCAGCAAUGGCAACCACCAUCGCGCAUGGACGCCGUUACAGCGGAACUGAACCUGCUGGGGUUGAACGACCCUCAAGGCUCCGACGAUGAACUUCCGGACUACCAACAAAGCCAGGCGGAGAUGGCAGCGAAAAAGAGACAAGAAGCGUCAGCAAGGGCUCGCGAACUAGAAGCGAGGUGGAGGGGUACGCGGAGAUGAUCAUGACCAGGAUACAGGAGGUCAUCCGAACAGAUAAAAUUCAAGUCUAU